AUGGAUUUUGAGAUGGAAGAGGAAUCCGGGAAGCAGCAGCAGCUGCCAAGAUUUCUUCCCCAUGGCUCUGACAUCCAUAGUAGUGAUCAACACAUGAUCGACCUGAAGGUUGACAAGCAGAAGCAGAUGACUGAGGUUGAGAUCGACAAGCAGAAGCCGAUGACCGAGGUCAAGAUGGACAAGCAGAAGCAGACGACCAAGGUUGAGAUGGACAUACGGAAGCAGAUGGCCGAGGUCGAGAUGGACGAUAUGGACAUAGGCAAAUCAGUCCAGGAAUUAACCAUGGAGAAGGAGGAGAUAGCCGCUGAGGAAGAGGAUUUUUCUUGCUACAGAAGGGCCUGGGAAUCUAGACGGGGACCCGAGGGGUGCAGUUUCUUCGAAGACACAACACAAUUGAGCUCCAUGCACUUCACACACUUGACACCUAAACCCAGCUUAGACGAUGCUAUCGUCGCGGAGACCUUGCAGAUCCUCUCCAUUAAACUAACAGAAAUUAAAGGUGGCUUCAAAUUGCCAUUGUCUGUGUAUGGUGUGGUUGCUGCUCGGGACAGUGUCGAUAACAAUCGCAACCUUCUCUUCGCGCACAGUAGGAUAGCGCCCCAAAGAAUCAGGCAACACAAUCCAUAUUUGCGCUUGAUUGGGCCGUCUCGUGCAAUUCUCUGCAGAGACCCUGUUCGCUUUGAAAUUCAGCUAAAAGUUGAACGUGGAGCAGUGUCUCGAGAUAGAGCAUUGAUCAGCGCAACUCGCGAUUUCUACGUUCGUCAUCCUGGUGUGCAUACCAUCUGCUUCGAGAACCGCUUCUGCAAAAUAGAGUUAUGCGUCGAGCGGCUUGUGGAGACGAUCCAGGCCACGAUCUGCAGUGUCCGUGUUGUUAAACAGGGGACACGGCAGCGUGUUGAAAGUCGAUGCCGAGUUUCUUGCUCGACAACAUCAUACUCACGCAAGAUCAUCGAUGGUAAACCUACUUAUGUUGCUAAUGCCCCAUCUGGUGAAGUUGUGCUGCUUGAUCGUUUAAAAAAACCAAUGCCCAGUGGUUCAGAGGGCUACCUUGAUCUGUCGAGGCGUGUGGUCUCUGUAGAGCAUGAAGGCAGCCUGAAAGUUGUCGUACAGACUUGCUCGUCAUCCGGUGAUAUCAUCGCAGAAGGACAUGUCUCCUUGGCAUCCGAAUAUUUUGGCUUCAGCCAGAAGAGAUUUAACGUUGAUGAUGCUGAGCUGGAGGUAACCGUUGCUUGGUCCCUCCUUGUUGUGGACAAGGAUGAUAUCUUGAGACCGGUGGCUGUUUGA